AUGGGGAAUUCCCAUGGACACCAUCACAAUGAGGGAACCCGCCACAGCCCUCACGAGGAACAACUUUCCCCUUUCGUCAUAGACCUGAUUCAGAGAAAGUUGUGUGGUACUGAAGAGCAUUCCCAACAUAUUGACAAAGAAGCAUUUCAUGACUAUUUCUCGCAACCCGUGGAAAGAUUCGGUCAAUUGUUCUAUGAACACAUUCAUCGUCAUUUUCAAAAUGCCGGAGAAAUUGGCACUGGUUCGUUGCUAACAAAACAGCAUGUCGUAGAUGCAAUUAAAAAGGUUUUGUCUUUAAACAACAAAAAGACAGAACAAAUCAAGUUUUAUUGCAAAAUAUUUUCCAAAGAAGAAGAAAUGCUCAAUCAAGAAAGUAGUAGUUGUUUGGUUAAUGCAGCUUUUAUGAUGUACAUGGCAUCGUCAGGAUAUCGAUACAAAGACUCGGAGGUCGUAUUAGAUGUAUUUGCGCAUAGACUCGCAAGUUGUAGAGAUAUCAAUGCCCUGAGUCAUUAUAUUCAGAAUAACUGCCCAGAACUACUUAACAGCAUGCAUAACUGGGUGGUAUCCCUCUGUCAUGGACAAGCUAACCCUAAUGCAUUGCAUACUAUAAGUAAUGAAGAUUAUUUUCAAGGAUCCAUGUUAAGCCAUCCCCUUGCCUGGCUAUUAUCAUGCUGUAUAUCAGCUACUUACACAGUAGAAAGCACAGUCUUAGGUUCCAGAGGAGAUGAUCUGGAAACGCUAAAAUGGGAACACUGGAUGACAUUGUACGACAGUAACUCGAAAGGACUAAGUUUAAAUCGUUUACAACACCACGUAUUUAACUACAAAGGACCCACAAUAAUGUUGGUGACCUGUACUGAUGACAACUUCUUUGCGGUUGCUGUGGACCAGGAAUGGCAAGAAAGCACUCAUCACUGGGGAGGGGGCAGUUGUGCAUCGAUUCAGCUUACUCCAAUGUUCAGGUGUAUUGAAGAGGGCUCAGAUAUGAUGUUUUUAAAUGAGAAAUCUCGAACUAUGCCAAAAGGAAUUAUUGUUGGUCGAAAUGGUAGAAACCCAUCGUUUAGUAUUGAUAGUGGUCUUAGUGUUGUCACACACAGUGGUGGAUUGCAAAGUAAUCUUGAAGCAAUAGAGAUAAUUGGUUGUGGUGGUAAAGCUGCAAUGAUUUCACAAGCAAAACAGAAAGAAUGGGAGCUUAAAGAAGCACAUAGGAUGCGAAAGGUACCUCUACCUGGUAAAUGGGAGGAGAAUCCAGACAAAUAUUUAUUGGAAAUGGGUGGUGUCAAAUGCAAUCAUGCUGAACUAAUUGGAAGAGAUUAAUUCCCCACACACAAAUAUAGUGUUGCUAUGUGGAACAAUCAAAUGAUAAUAACAUGUAAUGUCUACAACAUCUUUUUUUAUUUGAGUGACUAAGAACUAUGCUUUCAUUAUCUCCUCAGAUUACUUAAAAGUAUUUUAUUUGUUGUCUUGUCAGAUUUUAUUAUAUUAUGUGACAGAUUUCUAGAAAAUGUAAUUUUAUAUUUAUUUUUACAAAGAUCAAUAAUUUUUUAUCAAAAUGGUUCUUUGUGAAUUGUACUUGAAUGUAAACAUUACUACUAUACAACUGCGGUUAAGUAUCUAUUUACCAUUUUGAGUUUUAGGAACUAGUGUGUAUUAUUAUUAUCCCUCAUAAGUUAUUGAGAUUUAAUCUUUAUUCAUGAUUUUUAGUAUUACUUAUAUCCUCCAUCUUUCCACUUUUUAUUU